AUUUUUUAAGUAUACUACUACUACUAGAUCUAAUUUUAAGAUAUGAAAUCAAGGAAUUCAUUUGCGGUUAUCGUUAUAGUAUUUGAUGAUCGUGGCUAAGUUUGUCUCAAACUGAUGGAGUAGAAAACGGUUAAAUCAGUUCCUUGGUUUAAAUCCCUGAAUGUGAGACCAAUGUAAUCGAGUGUAUUGAUACUUCCGAUGUAAACACGUGUUUUCCAUCUUACAAAAUAUCGUACUUCUACAAAUUACUGGCGACAUGGGGAAAAAUAAAAAGGAAAAACGUAUGUCAGAGGCUGACGACAAUGAAGUUACAUACGAGGAAAAAAUGGAAAACAUUAUGGCGAUAGCAAACCCCAUUGCAUCCAAAAAGUUAACCAAAAGAAUAUACAAAACCGUUAAAAAAGCAAGUAGUCAGAAGAAACAAGUUAUUCGAGGAAUAAAACAAAUACAAAAGUUUAUUAAGAAAGGAACUAAGGGUUUUGUUGUUAUUGCUGGGGAUGUCCACCCUAUUGAUGCUGUAUCACAUUUACCAAUUCUCUGUGAAGAUGCUGAAGUUCCAUAUUGUUAUAUUCCUUCAAAACAGGAUCUGGGAAGGUCUCUAGGUUCUCAGUAUUGUGUAGUAGUUAUGGUACAGUCUCAUGAAGAUUAUGAAGAACUUUAUGAUGAAACAAUUUCAGAAAUCAAGUCUUUACCUUUGCCUUUUUGAACAUUGUGCUUAUUGUAUGUCAAGUUGUGACUGAAAUAAUAAGAUAGUCAUUUACAUCCAUUUUUAAACCUCACUUUGAAAAUUGAGGUCUUGUUUCCAUUCUUUUUCAUUUUUCAUAUCAUAAAUGAACUUCAAUAAAAUGAAACAAUAGAAAUUUUGUUGUUAAAUACCAUUAAGGUAAAGCCAUAUGUGAAUUAUCUUAAAGCAGCUCAAAGUGUCUGUGAGCGUGUAUGGGUACAUGAUCCAACUCUGUAAACUUUACUGUUUGUAUUCAAGUGAAUUGAUAUGAAUGUAUAUGGGUAAUUUUCAGAAGUAUUUAUUGGAAAAGAAGUGAGAAAGGCAUAAGAAAAAAGACACUGUAUUGUCUGAGCAAAGUAAAAAGUUUGUAUUAUAUUUUUUAACAGAUUUGGAAUUUCAGCCUCAAAAUAGAAUUGUUAAGUCUUAGAAUGUCUUUGCGUUGAUGAAAAUGUGUGUACAUAGAAAAGAAACACAUUUCUCUCAUGUACAUUUUUUUCAUAUAAAUUUUUCCAUCAAUUUUAUGAAUAAUAGCCUCAAAAUAGCACUGUUAGUUUAAGAAUCUCUUUGCGUUGAUGGAAAUAUAAGACUUAUAGUGCUAUUUUGAGAGUAUUAUUCCAAUUCUCAUAAAAAUGAUGAAAAAAAAUUGAAUAACUUUGCUCAGACAAUAGGCAGAUUUUCGGAGAAAAAAGGGUCUACUCUCCCCUCAACACCAAUCUACAACACCCCGACCCAACCAUCACAACCCUGCCACCAUUUUUGCCUUUUUUGGUAUUUGCUGUUAUGCACCUGCAAAAGUAAAGUACCUGUCAAAUAGGAACACACAUGUUUGUUAUUUUUUUUGUUACUUAUGUGUAAUAUUCAGAAAAUACUUGGAAAAGGAAAUUUGAUCGACAAUGUCUUCUUCAUAAAGUCAACCUGACUUUGACAACCUGGCAAUGACUUGACAUAUACUAUAUAUAUGUACUGUGAUGUUUACUAUAUUCAAUCGUUUUCUUUUCAAUAAAAAAACCUUUUAUUUG